ACCAACGUUCGACCGCACCAAACAGUCAAAACACCCACCCCAAGCUUGCUUGUCGUGUCCUCCGUCCUCCUCCCAGCCUCUCCUCCAAUCAUCCCAGGGCCAAACAAGGCAUCAACCACAGCCUGCCAAACACCUCAAUCCAUCGAAACCCCGGCAAACUCCCUAAUCCCCUCCCCUGGGGCCGUCGAGAUGCUCCCUUCCUCCAUUGGCUCAGCUCCCGCCGCGCCGUCUCGCGCUCGCCGUUCGCCGCUCCAAGAGCCAUGCCCUGCUUGCUGCUUCCAGCUCCGUCGCCUAGCCUCUGUCUAAUUGCCUUGCUGCGUCGGCCACCGCGCUGCUGCAAAGAUCGGUUCUUGCUGCCCCGUAUCCGGAGGCGGCCAAGGCUGCGGCGGCUUGGCUUGCGCAUGACCGAGAUGGUCAGGGUUGGGAGCGGCGGGGAGCCGUUGCCGGAGGUCGGGGUUUCCGUGGAGAGUGACCCGAUGCUGGGAGGGGAGGAGUCGCCCGGCCAGAGAAGGGAGGCGAGCCGGUGGGCGCCCGUCGAGGAGGCGCUGAACCGUAUGAGUAAAUGGCUGGUGGCCGGUUGUUUUACUUUAGCAGCUCUUUGGAAGCAUGAUGCUGAAAUUAUCUGGAUUUCGUUGGGUGCCGUUGCCAACUCUCUGCUUUCAGUGAUUCUGAAAAGGAUGCUAAACCAUGAAAGACCUUCAUCAGCUUUGCGGUCUGAUCCUGGGAUGCCAUCGUCCCAUGCACAAUCCAUUUUCUAUGCGGCGAUCGUCCUAAUUCUUUCGUUGUACUACUGGAAUGGGACAAAUUAUCUAGCCGUGAUUCUUGGGCCUGCAACUCUGUCAGUGGCCGCCUAUCUGUCAUGGUUACGGGUGUCCCAGCGCCUUCAUACACUAAACCAGGUCAUGGUGGGAGCUGCUGUAGGAUCUGCCUUUGGUACUCUAUGGUUUUUGCUCUGGCAUUCACUUGUGCAGGAGGCAUUCGCUGCUUCACUGUUGGUCCGGGUUGUGGUCAUCCUCGGAUCAUGUGUAUUUUGUGUUGGCUUUGUCAUCUACAUGAUACGUCAUUGGCUCAAGGAUGAGUGAUUGUACUUCAUAGCUGCAAGCCUGCGAUGGGAGAUUGAUUGAUAGGCAUUACGAACCAAUUGGUAGCAUACUGUUUUGCCGGGAGCCCUGGACUUAGUAUUAUCACACUGGAGACUAUUCUGAAGGCAGCUUACGAGUCAUGAUGGUUCGGAAGCCCACGGGAGCAAAAAUUCAUUUCCAAUAUAUAAUCAUUUUUAUUACCAAUACGGAAAAAGCUCCUCCAUGUGUAGUAGCAAAUACUUAAUCUUUUGGUUUACUUUUCUUUUACACCUUUUUGCGUGGAUUUUAGUUUUGACUGAAUUUUAUUACUUUGUUGCUUCCAUUCUGUUCUGGAAAAAAACAUGGAUCACGUGAGAAAUCAUUCAUUACCAUGUUUAUGAA